CGACGCUAAAGUUAGAGCCCCUGCAGCAUCCGCGCGCGCCUCGCCACCGUCGCACCGGCAUCUUCGGUCAGCAAGGAGAUCAAGGAGCAUGAGCAGGACUCUGUGCGGCAGGAGCAGAUGUCAGGGUACAAACGCAUGCGGCGGCAGCACCAGAAGCAGCUGAUCGUGCUGGAGAAUAAGCUGAAGGCCGAGAUGGAUGAGCACAAGCUCCGGCUGCAGAAGGAAGUAGAGACCCAGGCCAACAGCACUUACAUUGAACUGGAGCGGCUAGCCAAGAAGCAGUCUGCCCAGUUGGAGAAGGAGAUGAAAGCAACAGCCACAGAGGAAAAGAGAAUCCAGCAACAAAUCUUGGUCCAACAGAAGAAGGAGCUGACCACCUUCUUGGACACACAGAAAAAGCAGUACAGACUGUGCAGGGACAGAAUGAAGAAAGAGAUGAAUGAGGACCUUAGCACACCAAAGGAGGAGAAGCAGGAGAUGCUGUCACGCCAUAAGGAGACAAUGCAGCAUUCACAGGCCGAGGAGGAGGCACAGCUGCUCAACCAGCAGAGGCUCAUCUAUGAAAGAAGCUGCCGUGCUCUAAAAAGACGAAGCCUCAUAAAAAAACAUGAAUUUGAACAGGAACAGAUACGGGAGGAGCUGAACAAGAAGAAACUGCAGAAGGAGAUGGAGCAUGCAUUGAUGAUCCGGCAAGAUGAGUCCACACAGGACCUGGAGCGACGGCAGUUGGAGUGUCUGCACAGGCUUCGCAUGGAGCUCAUCCGUUUGCAGCAUCACACUGAACUGGAGAACCAGGAGGAGUACAACAACCGACGUCAGAGAGAGCUGCACAGGAAACAUGCACUGGAGCGCCGGCAGCAGCCAAGGAACCUUAAGACAUUGGAGAUGCAGAUCAAAAAGCAAUUCCAGGACACUUGUAAGGUUCAAAAUAAGCAGUACAAAGCUUUGAGGAAUCAUCAGCUAGAGGUCUCCCCUAAAGGCGACCACAAAGCCUUGCUGAAGAAUCUGAAGGAAGAGCAGACGCGCAAGCUUGCUGUGCUGGCUGAACAGUAUGAGCAGAGUAUUAAUGAUAUGAUGGCCUCACAAGCGCUACGUCUGGAAGCUGAGCAUGAGGCCGAGUGCCAGGCCUUAAAGCGCCAGUUGCAGCAGGAGAUGGAGCUCCUGGAUGCCUACCAAAGCAAGACGAAGGCACAGGCUGAGGCUCAGCAUGAGAGAGACAUGCAGAAGUUGGAGCAGAAAGCAUCCUUGCGUAGGGCUCACCUGGAACAGAAAAUUGAAGAGGAACUGGCUGCACUUCAAAAAGAACGGACUGAAAAAGUCAAAAAUCUAUUUGAGCGCCAAGAGAGAGAGCUAGAGACCUUUGAUGUGGAGAGCACCCGAUUGGGUUUUGGAAGCUUGGCCUCGUUUGACUUUCCCAAGGAAGAUGACAGAUGAUCAAAUCCAGGCUGGCAGGGCAAUUUGAUGCUGAUGUCUCUGGAUAUGCUGUGCCUGUAAUGUCCCUUACUAUUGGAUUUACCAAGAUCACCUUUACAGUGACCAUGCUGGAUCUGUCUUUUAAAACUUUAUUUACUGGCUGGGGAAACUCCUGAAAUUGGAACGGAACCUUCAGCUGACACAAGUAACUUAACGGAGCUCAGAAAGCAAAAGAGUUAAGUCUAGAAGAACAGCCCUUUUCUCCAUGCCGUCAACCCACUUUUGGUAUUAAAAUCAGUGAUUCAGGAUAUUUUAGUACAAGUAAGCACUUUGAUAUGUUAAAGAAUGAACCCAACCUGUAAAGUGAACAUAUUGUGUGAAAAUGCCUUUGGUGUUAUCAAAGGACAUUGCGACUGUAGAAUGUGUCCUUCGUCUUCACCGUGGCUAUUAGCUGUUUUUGUCUUUGUUUAUCACAGCGAAUGUGAAUACUGUUGUCAAAAGCUGUAUUCAAAGGCAGGUUUUGAAACAGUGUGAGAUUUUAAAAUAUAGUGACUAUAUUGAGAGCAUUCAGUUACUUUCAUAUUGUGGUAGAACACACCUCUUUUUUUUUUAAAGGAAAAAAGGCACUAUAAUUUAAUUGUUGUUCAGUAUCCGAAAUUAAUUGGCAUAAAUUUUUUAUUACAACAAAUCAAUGCAGUCAGAUUCCUUCCUGGUAUUAUUGCAUGCACUUUAAAAGACAAAUUCAGGUUGUGAAGUGGAGCAUGGAUCUGUCGGAGAUUUUAGCUGUCUGUAAAUAAAAGUGGUCCAUAGCAGUUUUGUUUCAUGGCUAUUGAUACUGAACAUAAGCUUUAUCUUUGAUAUGAAAGAUUGCCAAAUUGCCAAAUGCCUUUAAGUUAUUAUAUGAAUGUUUUAAUUUCCUUUUCUUUGCCCAGGUGACAUCAUAGUUUGUUAAAUUGUGAUUCAUUCAGUGUGGCGUUAUCAAUGCUCUUGUACAGGCAAAAAAUGGUGCAAUUUGUGUUGUAAAAAUUUUAUAUAAAUAUUUGUAUAUGAUAAUCUAAAUAGGGGUUUACACAUGUAUUGGUCAGUCUUUGCCAAAAUAAAUAUGGGAAAAUUCAGUGAUACAAUGGAAGGCAAACUAUUUUUGUAAGUAAAACAGGGAGAAUUACCAGUUUCACUUGUAAUGUGACAACAAAAUCUGCUAGGGUUCUUUUUGGCAAUUCAUUGUUAGUUGGUGUUGAGAAACAACCAUAAAAUGUUAAUCAGUUUUUAGGAUUAAAGUCUUAUUGACUAAUUCUUACAGAGUAAAAAUGUUUUAAAAAGCAUUACGUGUUGCCAGGGCAAUUAAUAUCUUUUUUAGCCUUAAACAUUAAGACAAAACAAAACUAAAACAUUAUUUGUGGCACACUAUGCAUACCUGGCACAUAACAUUGUGGAAUUUAAGCUAAGGGAUGCCAUUCGGUUUCAUAUUUUGUGACUGUCAUUACAGGCCUGUUUUCAAACAAAGCCAUUGUUGAAACUGCCAUUGCACAAGUGAAAUAACAUUUUAAUGAAUAAACUGAAUGAAGUUUUUGUUGGCUAUUGAUAUGUGAUGAAAGCUUUCCUUUGUAAUUUCAAGCUAUAUAGAGAUUACUAAGAAGUCAUGAAAGGGCAAUAAAUUAGUAUUUAUCCAUUCAGCACUUACAGUGUUCAUAACAGUAUAUUACUGGUAAUGCACAUGAAUAGAGUUAUGGUGCAUACAAAAGAAUACUAGAGAUAAAGAAAUAACCAGAAGAAUGUGUUUUUAAGUACAAAUUCUGAUAUAGUAAUAUAAAUGUAACAUCUAAUGGUGCAUAGUUUACUGCUCAUUAAAGUUUAGCUAGAAAUAUCAAUAUGAGCUUACAUGCUCUGUUUGUAGCUGCCCUAACAUUACUGAGUUCUCUGGUGUGAAUAAUGUUAUAUAUUUUUAACACCAGUUAAUGACAACUGAUGGAAAAUAUGUUAUUCACAAAAAUACACUCAAUUAAUUUGAUCUUAAUUGAGUAAUGCCUGCAAGGCUAUUUUGGUAUGUGCACAACAAUAACAAAGCUUACAAAAAUAAAACCUGUUAACUUUAUGUAACCGACUGGGAUGAGUAUUCAUUUAUCAAAUCUGUUCUGUCUAUUAUAAACUUUACAUUAAAAUAUAAAAUGCUAUCAUAAGAUCAGAACCCAAAACAUGUUAUGUUGUUACUAAAUUAACACACAAAUGAGACAAACGCCCAGUUAAACUUCCCAAAUGUGUAUAACUUAACAGUUGGAUUUCCUUCAAAAACAACAUUAAAUUAAUUGCUUUUAUUAUUUCAUAUGAGCAUAGGUUGCAUGAUUUAUGCCAACAAGUAUAACAAAAUAAAGAUUAUCAGUAUAAUACUGCAUACAUUUUACAUACAACAAACGUCCAAGACUUUGAAGCACAAGCAUAAAUUUAAAAAUAUACAUUGAUUAAUUUAGUGGUGCAGAAAGUCCCAAAACGUCUCUUAUUUUGGUAUGCCUAA